AUGCCCGAACAGCGCGAACCAGACACAGGGCCAGACACCAUGGAACUACAGGAAAUCCACACACACGAUAGAUGCCAGAGUCACGACGACGAAUACGCGCAGUCCGCGGCGACGGUUUCGUCUGGAGAGAACCGCGUGCCGUAUCGGACUGUUGCGGCGCGGGUUGUCAAUGCGGAUGAGAGGGGAAGGGGUAAUGGUUCGAAUCACAAUAGUGAUAAUGGCAAUGAUUGCGACUGGAAGGGCGUGUUGUUGAAAGGAAAGAAGACAUGGGACGCUGUCAGCGGAUUCUGGACAAGUCAAGUUGUUCUGGUAGUUCCCCAGAAGAAGAACCGCGAUCAUUACGCGCUCGAACGAACAUUCCUCGCGUACAUCCGCACCUCCGUCAUUCUAGCCAUGCAAGGCGUCCUAAUAGCGCAACUCUUCCGUCUCCAACGCUCGAAAGCCCAAGAAGCCACUAAGCUCACAUACUACGAAGUCGCUGUUCCGUUAUCUAUUGCGUGUCACAGUGUCGCGCUGGCCGUUGUCGUGGUUGGCGCAUUUCGGUUCUGGAGGCAGCAGAAUGCUUUGUUUCGGGGGAAGGUACAUGCUGGGGGGUGGGAGUUGAAUUCGAUUGGGGUGUUGGUUUUUUUGGUGAGUUAUGGCUACCGUAAGUAA